UUUCUUCUCAGAAAACUUGACUUCAACGCCUCCGAAUGUUAUCUGUACUAAAGAAACUUGCAAGUCGUACACGAAGUUUACUUUCCCGUGUGUCGCGGACAGAACGGAUAUUAAUCGUCGCAAUCUACCGGGCGGUGUUUCAGAACUGAUAGCGAUUAAAUUGCCCGUUACAGAACUAUACAAUGCAUAUGAUUGCCUCAAACGGAUCCGCAAUGGACCUGGGGUCGGAGUCGGUGAAAGUUAAAGCGCAUUACUGCGGAGACAUGUUGAUCACAGACCUGGCUGCCACUUUAACUUUUGUGGAGCUUUGUGAGGAGGUGAGAGCCAUGUGCAGCCUUACCCAACAACAGCCCAUCACACUCAAGUGGAUUGAUGAUGAAGGAGACCCUUGCACCAUCUCAUCUCCGCUGGAGCUUGAGGAAGCAUUUCGUAUUUAUAAUCGAAGCAAAAGAUCUGGACUGCUGUUGCAUGUUUUCCCGAGUAUUCCGGAGCAACCAGGAAUGCCGUGCCCCGGAGAGGACAAAUCGAUCUAUCGUCGAGGAGCCAGACGAUGGAGGAAACUCUACCAGGUCAAAGGGCACCUCUUUCAGGCCAAGCGCUUUAACACGAAAGCCUACUGUGGCCUCUGCAGCGAAAGGAUAUGGGGGCUUGGCGGGCAAGGCUACAAGUGUAUCAACUGCAAACUGCUGGUCCAUAAGCGCUGCCACAGACUCAUCCCUCAGACCUGCCAAAGGCUUAUGGAUCCAGCUAUGCCAUCUCAGGAGCCCCCUUCAGAUGCAAAGAGUGAAGAGGUGGACCUUCCACUAGAUGACACAGAGAACAGAGAUGGAAGACUGUAUUUACCACACAAUUGUACAGUGGACAAAAUCGAAGAGACAGAUGUGGAGGACAUUAAAUCAGUGGUGGACGGAAUCGACGGUAUCAAGCUGUCUCAAGGCCUUGUUUUGGGGUUAGGAGACUUCGACUUGAUCCGAGUUAUUGGGCGCGGCAGUUACGCCAAGGUGCUGCUGGUCCGCUUAAAGAAGAAUGAUCAGGUUUAUGCCAUGAAGGUGGUGAAGAAGGAGCUGGUUCACGACGAUGAGGAUAUUGACUGGGUGCAGACCGAGAAGCACGUGUUUGAGCAAGCCUCCACAAAUCCUUUCUUGGUGGGCCUCCACUCUUGUUUCCAGACAGAAAGUCGGUUAUUUCUUGUGAUUGAAUACGUGAACGGUGGGGACUUAAUGUUUCAUAUGCAACGUCAAAGAAAGCUUCCUGAAGAGCAUGCGAGAUUUUAUGCUGCUGAAAUCUGCAUCGCUCUAAACUUCCUGCAUGAGAAAGGUAUCAUCUACCGAGACCUGAAGCUGGACAAUGUUCUUUUAGACCAAGACGGCCACAUCAAGCUCACAGACUAUGGCAUGUGUAAGGAGGGGAUCAGACCAGGUGACACUACCAGUACUUUCUGCGGAACACCCAACUACAUUGCGCCAGAAAUCCUCAGGGGAGAAGAUUAUGGCUUCAGCGUAGACUGGUGGGCUCUAGGCGUGCUGAUGUUUGAGAUGAUGGCCGGGAGGUCCCCGUUUGACAUCAUCACCGACAAUCCUGACAUGAACACUGAGGAGUACCUCUUUCAAGUUAUUCUUGAGAAGCCUAUUCGCAUCCCAAGGUCUUUGUCAGUGAAAGCUGCCAGCGUGCUCAAAGGGUUUCUGAACAAGGAUCCGAAGGAGCGGCUGGGUUGCCAGGUCCAGACAGGCUUCACGGAUAUCAAGUCACACACAUUUUUCCGCAGUAUAGACUGGGAACAGCUGGAAAAGAAGGAGAUGACGCCGCCCUUCAAACCUCAAAUCUCAGAUGACUACGGCCUUGAAAAUUUUGACACGCAAUUCACUAAUGAGCCGGUACAACUAACACCAGAUGAUGAGAGUGUCAUCAAGAGAAUAGACCAAUCAGAGUUUGAGGGCUUUGAAUACAUCAACCCACUGCUGCUUUCCACUGAAGAGUCUGUAUGAAGAAGUCAAGGUGUUCCAUCUGGGCUCCUCCUCCAGUGCGUCCGAGCAGCCAUUUCGGCCAAAAGACACCCCGAGGACGAAGGGGAAAUGUUCCUUCCCGCACUACUGGGAUUCCUAAUGUUCUGCAAGAACAACUGGCUCCAUUCCUUCCGGAUAUGUCGUCUUAGCCUUCUUUAUUCCUUUCUGUCCGUUUCAUUCCUCUCAAGCCCCAGAAUUCUUUGAAGAACUGGCUCGUUCCGUGCCUGACAUCCUUUUAUUCCGUCGCACAUUUCUGGAUGAACCACAGCUUCUGUGAAGGACUUGAACAUUUGACAUACACUUUAUUGGUAAUUUGAUGUUAUUUUUAAUCUCAAUAGGAGGGAGGGAGGGGCGGGGGACUCAUUUAAAAUAAGAAUGUAUAAUGAUGAAUGAAAAUUUAAGUUAUUGUGUACGAUCACGUAGGUAGUCAAUCCAAAUUUGACGAUGCCUUUUUAUUGAUGCAAGUGCCCCUGUUUUGCCCCUAACAACUAGUCGAAUUUUGCUUUUUUAUUUUUAUUUAAGAAGUGCCUCACAGAGCAAACAAAUUCCUGUCUGAUUGCACUUAUGACCCACUUCAGAAUACAAUAGUGUGUACUUUGCCCGGUUCUUUUUAGAGCACAGCAAACUGAGGCAAUUGUUUUGUUUUGGCAUCAAUGAAUUCCGAAGCACACAUGCAGCGUUGCCAAACCCGACAUCGGAAAUGACUUGAGCCACCCGAUAUCGAUUAGCGAGAAAUUUUCCUUCUUUGCACAUUUCAUUGCAGGGUGAAGUGAGUGGGAAAUUUGACAAGCAAAUCUGAGUUUGUGUCACAAGCAACGAGAUGUUGCCGAGGCUGCAUCGUUUGGACCAGUGGUUCUCAAUCGUUGGGACCCGCGUUUAACUUAUUGUUGCAAAGUGUUUCACUAGCCACUGACAUCAUUUUAAAAAAUUGUAUUUUUGUAUUAUAUUAAUUUGUAAAAAGAAGUGCACCACGUGAUAACUGCAUGUAUAAAAAUGAAUAAAAUUAAACAAAAUGUCAAAAUUUCACUUAGCACUUUUUUUUAGCGACGUGAAUAUUUUGCAUUUUUAUUAAGUCCUAAGUUUGAUCAGUCCUGAUGAUUGUGCUAUAAAAACACAAAAGGUAUUUGCUUGGGCUCCAUCCGACGAUGUUUAAACACCAGUGAUGGUUGUUUGUCUCGCAUUUGUUUUUUUAUGUGCUGCAGUGAUGUUCACAAUCGCAAAUUAUAUCAAAUGAAUUUGAAAUGACAAGCCACGGUGUCUGUUACCCAGAGGUUGAGAUGCACUGUGCUUGUUUACAGAGUAAAGCUACACUUCCACGUCACAAGAUUCCACGUCAGUCUAGGGAAGCCUCUGUACUGUGCCAAGAAAAAUGUGAUUGGAAAUGUAUACACACACCUUCCUAAAAUUUCACAAUUCAGGGCGUCCUUGGUUUAUUUGAAUAAAGGUCCAUUCCUGCGGCAGCGAUGUCAUUUGAAUUAGAAUGUAAGUUGGAACACAGUCCAAAGCAAAUACCGAAGUAUACAUUUGUAUGAAAAAUACUUCUAGGACACAAACUUGAUAUGAAAUAAAUGAAAAAGAGGAAUUUUGGUGCUUACUUAGCCCAGCUCCAUUCAAUUGUAAACCGAGGACCCCCAAUCGUUUUUUUUACUUGCUGUCCACAACCCAACCAUGAUGGGUCCCAACCCACCAGUUAAGAAUCACUGGUUUAGAUUGCAAAGCUUGGUACACACCUACGAACAAUCUGGCUUCAUUUGAGCAUUUCUCAGCAAAGGCUCAGUUGUCUUGAAAAAAAUUCUCCUGCCAGAUUAUCUCGUGGUGUGUUUGGAGUUUAAAAACGAGUAUGUGUGUACCCUGCUUAAGAUGUGCCUCCAUAAGAUUGUGGCAACCUCCGUUUAUUGAACACUCAACAGCACAAAUACAGAAUGCAGAAGGUCAUUUGUGUGUACAAGAUUGUAGUUGAGUGAUAAUGUUUCAAAUGUUCACCGCUAUGUCAUUGUGCUCAUUAGGGACAGAAUUAGCACAUAUUUAGUUGGUGGUGUCAGAAAUCAGCACCAUUAUUUCAAUGGAAUAAAUCAUCCUUUAUUGGUCACUGUUUUUAAAUAUACGCGUGUUUUCUUCUAUAUCGUUCUUCACAGAUGAAUCAUGUACGCAAUCCAUUCUGGGACACUUAUUGAUUUAUUUGAAUUUUACGAAUAUUGGAAAAACUAGUUCCAUGGUGUCAAGUUCAAAAUUGUCAUCCUUAGAAUUGAGUUGACUUGCAUCUCUGAUAUCAAUAUUUAGUAAAAAAAAAAAAAAAAAAAAUUCUUAACCAUUGUGUUUGUUGCUUUUCAGUGCCAAUUCCGUCACUGCAGCCGAUUGUAAAUACCUCGGUGCUGGCUGGUUGUGCUGGAACAAGGUCUUGGCUUGCUGAACGUUGUUCUGGAUAGUGCUAAUUUGAUCUUUUCACAAGACUUCCUAUUUUUUCACUGUCAAAAUGCACUCUGUCUAUUUACAGUUGUGUUCUUACUUUUAUUCCCAUACAUGUGAAUUCACUGAAAACACGGAACAGCCCAAGGGUCCGGGGAUGGAACAGUUGUUCACAGGUGCCAGAAAUUGUUCGACUCCACGUGAGCCAGAUGUGAAGCAGCGCCUCCAGCUUGCCCUCCAACCCUGAACAGGAAUGUCAUAGAAACUGGAUGGAGUCGUGUUUGGCAGUUUUUUUUUUUUUUUUUUUUAAACAUUUUUCUGAGUUGUUUUUUUCCCAGAUAUGGCCGUUGUUGUUUUGGUCAUUGGUUUUAAUACGCUUGCUGACAAAUUGUAAGGUUCUUCGUUUCUAUUACAUGGUGUGAAUGUUUUAUAUAACUGCUUUUGUUGUUGCAAUUAGAUUAAUAUAGGCUGGCAGAUUAAUUAUUCACAAAUUGUUUGUUCCAUUAAAAAUAAGGUUUCACAAGCCCUGAAAACAUCCACUGGCAGCAGUAUUUUAAAUUGGAGGCUAAAGUUCUCUCUAUUAGCACCUUCCAAGUAUGUGUAAAUUAGGCGUGGGCAAAAGUAUGGUCAUUCCUAAAACUGACUUGCAUUUGAAUUGAUUUUACAUUAAAUAAUCAGUUGAUUCAUUGUAAUUCAUCAUUAAAAAGAUUAAAUUAUUUUAAUAUUAAA